ACCUGGCGCCCACCAUGGUUAUAUGGACGCUCUACCAACAGCGCUAACUUUAGUGACAGGGACGCUUGAGUUCUUUCGUGAAAUCGCUCGAGUUGAUGUAGCAUAUCUUUCUAAAAUAAUGUAGGUAUAUGCAUCUGUAGGAUAAUGUCUCUACAGUUCCAAGCCAGAAGCAGGUUUCUUGAAUUACAUCUUUCAACCGGUCUCAAUGACUGGGAUAUGAAUGAGGAGAUCAAGCUCACCACAACAACUGAUCAGUUUUAUCAAGACAAUAAAUGGAAUGAUCAGUAUAUUGUUCAGUGGCACUAUGCGAGAAUAUCAAGACGAAAGGAGGACCUCAUGUGUCAAAAUACUCAUAAAUCAGAAACUCAAGUACAGCCAAAUUUGUGGUUGAUGGUCAAUCCCAACCUUGCCUGCUCAAUCGAGUACCCUAAAGUUUCAAAGCCUCCUUCCCCACCUAAGAUGCACGCACAGGAAACUAGACCCAUCCUUCAGUCUAUGGGCACUCCUGUCCAACCAAGACUCAUACAACAGGAAAUCUCACCCAUUGACAAUGCUUGUCUGGAGGUUUCUCACCAGGAGGUUGCAUCAUCCAGUGAAUACAUGCUGACAGAUGAGGAUGACGCCUCUUCAGUGGAUGUCCCCAUUUAUCGGAAAGCCAAAAGCACCAGAAAGGGGAAAGCACCCACCAAAGCUGGUAUGCGAAAACUCAGUCUGGCCCAGAACAAGCGUCUCCAGAGAGUUCUGCAGGAUAGCAAUAACCUCAAAUCAGGAGCCUGGCCACGACCACCUGUCAAUUAUUGUAUCCUCAUCGCCAUGGCCCUGAGUAGCAGUCAUGCAGGAAGCCUCAAUGUCCAGCAGAUCUACAACUUCACAAGAGAGCACUUCCCAUUCUUCCAGACUGCCCCAGAUGGCUGGAAAAACACCAUUCGACACAACUUGUGUUUCAGCAGCAGCUUCAGGAAGACCCCCCAGCAGGUUUGCAGUGAGGGCAAGAGGAAGUCUUGCCUGUGGCACCUCACCCUGGAUGGGCACAGGAGACUGAGGGACGAGAUCCACACACUCACUGGGGAUUCCUUCAGAGUGCUGAAAAGGAGCAUGAACAACCCAGACAUGAUUCGAACGUUGUUUGAGCUUUGAUCCUCCUGUUGAUGGGAUAACCUGGAUCCUCUAUUGAAUAAUAUUAGUUGCCAUGAAAACAAAAUGCGGAGCUUGUUGAUGGUGUUAUCUUUAGUUUUUCUUGGGAAUAGUGGAUAUUGUUUUGUAAAAUUCUUGGACUGGAUAUUAUCAUUUAUAGAUUUAUUUCAUUUGAUCAAAACACAAUGUUGACAGAAAUUGACUAAAAUGACUAAAUGUAAAUUGAUUCACAGCAUCAUCCUUUCCACGAGAGGGCAGCAACCGCAAAUACAUUUUCCUAGCUGACCUUUAUUGUGAAAAGCAGUUGUCGGUAACUCGACUGUACAGCACGGAAAUAUGUC